AUGUUGGGGAUAAGGUUUUUAAUCAAAACUUCAUCUCGAUCAUUUGCACAGAUGCAGGGGGUUAACAAAGCUAUAAUUGACAUGAAAUUUUUGAGUUCUAAAAAUUUCAAUUCAUUUCUAGACGGAAUAGAUAUACCAAGAGCAUCUCUUCCAAUGCUUGCUUACACACUUAAAAUUGCUAAAGAUGUUCCAAAAAAUAGUUUAAUAGAAGCAAUAGGCAAGCUAGAUCAAAUCAUAAGCGAAGUUGAAAAUAAUUUAAAUAAACUCGAAUCUCAAGGGGUACUCAAUUAUUGUGAAUGAAUUUCGGGCUCAGAUAAAUCAUUCAAUACUUAUUAUUUACCACGAAAUAAAAAGAAAAUAUUGAUUUCUCGCAUAAAUGAGCUUAUAUCUAGUCAUUCUUUUAGUCGAAAGCAAAUUUUAUGAAUUUAUGAAAAUGUAGUCCCUUUAGGAUUUUUUAUUGAAGAGAUUAAAAAUGAAAUUGAAAAAAUUGUUAAUGACUCAUCAUCAUUAACUUUGGAAGAAAUUUCACAAAUUUUUAUUGGAUAUGGCAAACACCUUUUUUCUUCUGAAAAGUUCAUGAGCAGAAUCCUUCAGCUUAGCAGCCAAGAAGAGCUUGAUAUGAAAUCUUUGGCAAAAAUUUUGCAUUCAUUAUCAAAAAUAGAUUUCAAAGAAAGCUUUAAAAUCUUUGCAAAAGCUAUAGAAAAAACUAUUCCAAGAUGAAAAGAUAAUGAUUUACUUUUAGUUCUUGAAUUUUAUAAGAAUCAUAAUCGCUUUGAUAGGGAUGCAUACUUUCAAGUAUUAGAGAGAGUUGAUAAACUGCUUGAAGAUGAACAGCCUAUUGAAUUUGUAAUUAAAUUGGCUUUUUUGUUGAAAGAAGAAUCAAAGAAUGCUAUUAUUAUCGAAAAAAUAAUUUCAAAAUGCUUUAAAAUAAUAAAUUCAAAAUUGUCUUGCAAAUUCAUAGGAGUAGAGAACUUAAAGGAAAUACUGGAUCUUCUGAAGCCAAUUGUUAAUUCCCAAACUGCCCAAUUAUUAGCAGAGCAAUUAAAGAACACAACUUCUUUGCCUGAUCAAAGUUUGGAGCUGUUUCAAAAAGCUAAGAAGAUAUUCAUCAAUAACAAAGGAAAACUUAUUCCCUUAACAGAUUUUAUCAUAGUCAAAAAACUUAUAUAUAUUGAUGGUACGAAAAUUAAAGAUUUUGAAAUUUCCUACAAAUUAGAUAUUUUGAGAACCAUUGAAAGUUUAAAAGCAUCCCAGCUGCAUGGUCUGGGAAAAAUUAAAGACGUUUUGAUAGAUGACCUAAAAGUAUGGCUUUCUUUAAGAAGAGCUAAUAUUUCAAAAUUUUGCCAAUUGAUAAGUUAUAAUGACUAUAGUUCGAAAUACUCUAAAGUUUUAAAACCAUUACAGCAUGAGGUUUAUAAUUCCUUAAAAACAUGAGAUUCAAGUAUUAAUAGAUUAUAUUUUUCAAUGUUAUUUUACGAAUCUGAUCCUGCGAAGUGGGAAGAUUUUUUUAUUGAAAAUAAAAAAUUAUUUUCAUCAGAAGAAGUUUGAAAAGCAAUAAGAUUUUAUAAGGGAUCUUUUAAAGCAAUAAUUUUUAUAUUGCAAGCUUAUAAAAAUAAUCUUUCAACAAGAUGAAUAGGUGAGUCGAUGAAAAGAAUUAUUGAAGUGCAUGAUGCAGAAGUGCUUAAUGACUUUGCCCAGAUUCUAAAUAGGAUGGAUCCUUAUUAUUUAUUAAAUGAGGAAUAUAUUUAUCGACAAAAUCAAUGCUUUUCACAUCUAUUAGCAAAUUCUGACUUCAGCAUAAUGGAAGAUUUAUUUGCUGGUGCAUCCAACUUGCUAACUUCCCCCUUCCGUGAGCGAACAAAAAAGAUUUUGUUCGCUCACGGAGGUGGGUUAACUUUUUUUUAUAUUUAAAAACAUUCCUAUUUGUAAUUGAGAAGCAAAAAUUAAUUAAAUUUGCAAAAUUUAUGUUUAAAUGCAAGUUGUUUAAAAUAAAACAACGAAUUAUUUAUCCAAAAAAAAUUUUGUUUGUACACAUGGUGGUUUUUUGGUCAAAAUAGGAUUUUUUCAAUGGUUUUAUUCGCAAAGGAGAAGGAAUAAAAGAUUCACCAAUUGAAACUAUUUUCAGUAAAAACAAUAUCAAAAUCUUAUCCCUUGCAGCAAUUUUAGGAAAACUAGAUGCAGAACUAGCUGAUCAAAUUGUCUCUAAUUAUGCUUAUAUGAAGGAAAAUGAUCGAUGGAGCAUAUUAGCGAUUUCUUCAAAAUGCUCUGAUAUGAAGCUAAGGGAAAGUCUUAUAAAAAAAAUUUUUAAUGAUAAAUUAGAUCCUCAAUUCAUUACCAGAGCAAUUGAUAAAUAUUGAUAUCAUCCAGAAACUAAAGAAAUUGAUAGAUUUAUUAGCAAUUUUUUAAAUAAAACCAUUCCAAAUUUAGAGCUAUCAGUUGGGAUUUUUUAUAUGAUAACGAUGCUUAGGAGGCUUUGAGAAGUGAAUAUAAAUCAGCAUUUAGAUCUUUUUAAGACGAUAUCAUCUCUAACAAAGGAAUUGAUUUUGCAAAAUAUUGGAUAUUUAAAAUUUAAAGACCUUGAAUUCAUGCUUAAUUUAGCCAAUAAGCAAAUGUUUGAGGGUUUAAAUUUUGGAUUUAUAAUAUCGAAAAAUAGCACCUAUUCUAAAUAUCAAAAUAAUGAAAACUCGAGAGAUAUGCUGAUUGAAAAAAUGAAAACUGUUGGGAUAUCUAGCAAAGAUGCUAUUUUAGCUGUUUGCAAUAAUGCAGAUAACUUUAGUUCAAGCUAUCUGGCAGGGACGAUUUCAUGUUUGGCAGAUUUAAGAUUUGAAAAGCAGAAAUGGGCAACAGAUAUGGCCCAAAAUCUCAUAGAUUAUGCUGAGAAUAAAGAAAUUAUAUUUCAAAAUGACUUAGAGCAUAUAAACUGGAUAUACGGGCUGAUUUCUUUUAACGCAGAUAAAUCAACUAUAAUGAGACAUAUAGAGAACAGCCAAUAUUUUGACUGUGAGCAGCCUACUUUCAAACACUUUUUACUUGCAAAUCAUAUUAGAAUGGACCCAGAUUUUAAAGGAGUAGAUAUUCUUGAUCAAAAAACUCGACAAUACUGGCGUGAGUUUGAUUAUUUCAACUAUUUUGGAAUUGAUACGUCGUUCAUCAAUCUUAUAAAAUCAGCAUUGAAUAAAAGCGAUUUUACUGUAAAAACUGAGUCAUUUAUAGAUGGGAUUUGAUUACCAUUUUACAUUCCAAAUAGAAAAAUAGUCUUGUGGCCUAAAACAAACUCUAUAUUUUUAUAUCAUUCAAAUAAUUUUAAAGGAGAAUUCAAUAUGCAUAGAAAUCAUAUACUUCGAAAAUUGAAUGAUGUGCUUAUCCUUAAUAGAGAAGACGUAAAUCAGAUAGAAAAAUUAAAGCAAUUUCUUAAUAUUUAA